UAAACAUGGGACAAGUGGUGGUGAUUUUCUUAUCUCUGCUUGUGAUGUCGUGUUCAACCAAUCAACAAUAUCAGGAUAUAUUUUUAAAACCUCGACUAUCCACAAUAAAUAUGAAUGUCGAAGCUGAAUUAACAUGUCUCGACAACCAUCCGACUCUCGCAAACUAUUUCUCAUGGGCUGAUUACGUUGUCCUGGGGGCAAUGCUUAUCAUUUCCUGCCUAAUCGGGACAUUUUACGCUUGUUUCUCGAAAAAGCAACAGACGAGCGAAGACUUUUUACUGGGUGGAUCGGACAUGGGCACUUUUCCUAUGGCCAUGUCGCUCGCUGCUAGUUUUAUCACUGCUAUCGAAUUACUGGGUAAUCCAGCCGAAAUGUAUGAAUAUGGCACGCAAUUUUGGAUGAUUUGUCUGGCAUUCGUGUUAGUAGUGCCAAUAACCUCGCAGCUCUACCUUCCAGUAUACAUGAAGCUGAGAUUGACGUCAAGUUAUGAGUAUCUUAAUCUCCGCUUUAAUCGACACUGCAGACUUUUGGCCAGUGGACUCUACAUGCUGCAAAUGAUCCUUUAUACAUCCGUGGCUGUUUAUGCACCAGCACUGGCUCUAAGUCAUGUUACUGGCCUUAAUACUUAUGUAGCUGUAACUCUAGUCUAUGUUGUUUGUAUAUUUUACGCUUCACAGGGAGGUAUGAAAGCCGUAAUAAUGACGGAUACGUUCCAAGCGGCCGUACUUGUGGGCUCACUCCUACUCAUAGUAAUUUGGGGUGCCGUGAAAUCGGGUGGCAUGCCGAUCGUCUGGAACGACAGUCGUAACACCGGCCGUUUCGAGUUCUUCAAUAUGGACGCGAACCCAACGGUGAGGCACACCUUCUGGAGUGUCGUCGUUGGUGGGACAUUUUACUGGACGACGAUGUUUUGUAGUAAUCAAGCGUCUGUUCAAAAGUACCUGAGCGUCGAGAGCAUUAGUCAAGUUAGGAAAGCAUUGUGGGUAUCUUCCGUCGGCUUGAUCUUGAUCUACACAAUAAACUUUUUGACUGGGAUGGUACUGUACAAUGCCUAUAAAGAUUGCGAUCCUGUCCGGGCUGGGCAAAUCACAGACCAGGAUCAAUUGCUGCCACUUUACGUAAUGAAUUUCAUGGGCAAUGCCAAAGGCGUUCCUGGAUUCUUUGUGGCUGGAAUUUUCGCCGCUUCGCUUGGAACCGUGGCAAGCGCCAUGAAUUCCCUUGCUGCUAUAACGUGCGAGGACGUACUCCAGGGUCUAUUAAAAAUCGAUGUUCCUGCGAGUAAAGGAGCCGUAUAUGCUAAAUGGAUAAGCAUCUUUUUCGGCAUGUUGAGCUUUGCUCUAGUGUUCGUCGUCGAGCGUCUCGGCAGUAUUCUUCAGGUAGCUCUUUCAUUCAACGGAAUGGUGGGUGGCGUUACACUGGGCCUAUUUUCACUUGGAAUGUUCGUCCCCUGGGCAAAUGCGAAAGGAGCAAUGAGCGGCGCAAUCGUGAGCCUCAUUUUCGUCCUGUGGGUUGGACUUGGCGCCCAGAUUUCUGUCCUCCGUGGACAAAUACAUUUGGACAGUAAGCCAACAUCCAUAGACAAUUGUCUCUGCCUCAACGAGACCAUCGCCACAAUCGUCUUAUCGGCUCAAUCCGAUGAGCAGGGCGAAGCUUGGUUUAUUUACAAGAUAAGUUAUUUAUGGUACAGUGCAAUUGGUUGUGUGGGAACGAUGUUCAUCGGUAUCCUGGUGAGUUAUGCCACGAAUUUUCAAAACCCCGCGGAGCUCGAUCCUGAUCUUCUUAGUCCACCAGUACGCAGAUUUUUCAGCUCGACGAAAACGAAGUCACAGUCGGGCCACGCCCUGGGUAUAAUAAAUUUUGCUCUCGAAAUAGAUGACGAGAAGUCAAAAAUUGAGACCAACGGUAGCGCCGACAAGCCAAAGUGAUUCUUGUCUAAGCUUUUUGAGAAUUGAUGACUGAUAUGAUCGCAUUCGAGGGAAAUAUUCAUUAAAUUUAACUCAUUUCUAACAAGUCAUUUUCAUUACUGGCAAUUCAAGUUCAUCUACAGAAAUCCAAGAAAUUCUAUUUUAUGACACAGUCGUCAGGUCCUACCCUAUGAAAUAUUCAUAUACACAAUAAUUUCUAGUAUAACUUAUUCGUUGUAAUUAAUAUGUACAUUCGUUUCGCACUUAAAUAAGCUGUAAGUUUUCGUUAUUCACAAAAGAAAACAAACAUUUGACUACAUUGUAAUUACGAUUUUAGUAAUAUUC